AUGAUGAAGAUGAAGUCAUUGGCUUGUUCGUUAUGUCGGAAUGGUUUCCGACAUCUACUUCUGGUAUUGGGCUUUUUUUGCCUUACAUCGGUCAACUCGAAUUACAUUAUUAUCAACUUCACUUUUAUUUGUAUGGCAAGACCGAUAGGGAAUUCUGAGGAAAUUUCCAGUAAUGAUACGUCAGAUACAAUCCUGGAUUAUACACCCACGGAGAAAAGUGCGAUCAUAUGGGCUGUAGCGAUCGGGACGAUCGUAGGAACAUUCCCUGUCAACUAUUUUUAUACAAAAUAUGGAGCAAGAUGGCCAUUCUUUGUAGCUGGAAUGAUGUCAGCCAUAUCCACGUUAUUAAUGCCAAUAGCUGCAUAUUUCGACCUUAAAGUACUACUAUUUUUACGUUUGCUACAGGGCCUCGCUUAUGCGGCUAAUUUCGGUGCGAUCGGUACGUUAUGCGUUCGUUGGGCGCCACUUACCGAAGUCAGCAUCUUUAUUAGUGUUUUGACGAGUUUCACUCCUGUAUCCGCGGUCGUCACAAAUCCACUGUCAGGAUGGUUAUGCAACACAAAUAGCGGAUGGCCAUCGGCAUUUUAUAGUCAUGCAGCUUUUUGUUUUGUUGUGUUCCUACUUUGGAUAAUAUGCUAUCGUGACGAUCCACAACUUCAUCCAAGUGUUAGCGAGAAAGAACUCGGGAAAAUCCAAAAGAACAAGACCAGAGCACACAUUGAACGCGAUAGUUUUGUUCCCUAUAAGGCAAUCCUACAAAACAAGGUCAUUUGGAUAGUAUGGUUCAAUGCUUUCGUAGAAAUGGUGGCAGUAACAUUGGUGCUGACCUAUGCUCCACUCUAUUUCCAUGUUAUUCUUGGAUACGAUAUCGGACUUACAGGAACACUCGUCUCACUUUCUGCCAUAAUUCAUCUUCCGAUCAAGUUUGUUGGCGGAAUAAUUAGUGAUCAACUUACGAGUGUAUCCGAGCGCCAUCGAAUGUGGUUCUUCAACACUAUCGCCGUCGGUUUAGCUGGUGUUUUUUGUGCGUUAAUCGGGAUUUUCCCGGCCGAUUGGGGAAAAACCGGUGUCGCAAUGUUCACGCUUGUCACUACAUGUAUGGGAUUGAAUACGGGUGGAUUUUACAAAUGUGGGACUUUAUCUGCAAGACAGUAUGCACAUGUUGUUCUGACUGUUAUACAGUUUAUGAAAUGUGUUGCGCUAUUUGUUGCACCGGCUACGGUUGCAAUGUUUGUAAGCGACGAAGCUCAAUACGAUCAAUGGCGUUACGUUUUCUGGCUUCAUGGAAUUUUCCUCAUUGUUGCGAACUUUAUGUUCUUCCCCAUAGCCACCGAUCAACCAGCAUCAUUCACGAAUAUCACGAGAGAGUCGAAGAACGAUGAAGCAACACACAAGCUACAAGACGCAAACGUUGAAGACGUGGAACUAAACGAUAAGCCAUGA